AGCCCCGAGUGAGCGCCGCGGUGUUGGAGUCCUCGUGGUCCAUGUUCAAAGCCUCCAUUGUAGAAGCUGGACAUUGUUGGGCUGUCUUCACUGACACACCUUUCGAUGUGGAGGUCUGGGACAGUACCUGUGGAGAGGCAGACCGGGCUCGUGGUUCCUCUUUUUAAAAAGGGGGGACCGGAGGGCGUGCUCCGAUUAUCGGGGUGUCACUCUUCUGCUGGUUGACUUACUGCGCCGGCUGCCGACCUCAGAUAAGUGUGCACGUGCUGAGCAGCAGGGGGCGUCUGGUCUCGUACCUGUCAGGUGUUCAUGUUUUGGUUGGUCGGGUCUCUUCAGUCAGAACCUUUUCUGCUGCUGGAUCUAAAGAAAUGCAUGUUGCCAUGACGACACAUGACAUGGGCCCAAGGACCGUUUGGCCUGAUGACAUCAUCGGCCCGUUUGGACCUCAGGACCAGCGCUUCCUGUUGCCGGGUAACUCAGGCUUCCACCUCCACUUGCAGGGUCUGACGGAGCAGAAGAAGAAUAGUCCAGGUCACAUGGCACUCCCUGAUGUUCUGACAGGCCCCGCCCCCUCUGAACGACACCUGUCCAUACUGACCCAGGUGACCUCUGAUCUCUGUACUGUCAGAGGAGCUGAUCACUACUUUGAUUCGUCAAGGGUGGAGUGUGUGAUCCAGACGUGUCCUGAGCUGCUGAAGAGAGACUUCCUGUCCAUGUUCCCUGAAGCCCCGCCCUCUCAGAUGAUGGCGGUCACAGUGACUCAGAGGACAAAAAACGACAUGAGCAGCUGGAGUUCAGAUGUGGAGGAGGAGAGGGAGGAGAUGCUGCACACGUUCAUUGACGGGGCUCAGCAGAUCUGUUUGGCUCUGCAGAGUGAAGGAUUCUGGGCCGACUUCAUUGACCCGUCCUCAGGCCUCGCUUUCUUCGGCCCGUACACUAACCUCCCGCUCUUUGAAACGGACGAGCGGUACGCACAACUUGGCUUCCGUGUGGAUGACCUGGGCUGCUGUAAGGUUAUCCGUCACGCUCUGUGGGGAACCAAUGUGUUCGUGGGGACCAUAUUAACCAACGCACCGCCAAGCAGUGACAUCAUGAGGAAGCUACAGGGCAGCUGAUCACACGGCUGUGACAUCAUCAAACGUGUGUGUGAAACAUGUUGGUGUUCAUAGACUGACACACACACACAUUUUAGAUUUUUUAAAUUAGUUUCAAAUGAAUAAAGUGUUUUUAUGAUGAAAUGUGA